AUGAUAUACCCGGCCGACUUUAUUUACAAUCUGAAAAGGUUGAACUCUCGCGAUAAAAAUGUGAGAAAUAAAGGAAUAUUUACAAUAAGCCUGGGUGCUUCUCACAGAGAGUUCCAAAAGAAACUUCAAACCGGCAAAGUUUCGGAUGAAUCGAUUUGGAUUCGAUAUUUGAACAACUCAACAGUCCAUGGCUUUCGGUAUUUGACCGAUCCAACAAUUCGACGCACUGAACGGAUCACCUGGUUUGUGCUGGUUGUACUGGCCUUAUUUGGUGUAGUUUAUGUUUGCUUCUUACUGCAAGUAAAAUUUUCAACGAACGUUUUGGCAACCGUUGUUGAAACAACAUUCUUUCCCGUAUACGAGAUUCCCUAUCCAGCAAUUACCAUUUGCAAUAAUAACCGAAUACAUUGGGGACGUGUACCAGCGGAUGAAUUGUCUAAAUAUCAAUAUGAAACUUUGCCCGGAACUCUGUACUUCCGUUCAAACUGUCUGGCCGAAUGUCGACAGCGCCAUAUGAUCGCCAAUUGUAACUGUACAAUUGACUUUUUAUACCCGACGGCAGACUAUCCAAUAUGUAACAUUAGCAGCUUCAAAUGCUUGUACAAUUUUGACGCAUUGUUCAAUUAUGAACGGCCGCCGAAAGGAAAUCCAUAUUUCUCUGAGGAAGAGGAGGGUAUCAGUUGCGAUUGCUUACCCGAAUGUGAAUCGAUUGAUUAUAGUUUGGAUGUAUCACCCAUUCAAAGGAUGUUCAACACCACGAAAGCAGUCAUUUUUUUCUAUCCCAGAGACGCUGAUGAUAACACCAUCUUAGUCGAUUUUCACUUUCAACAAUCGACAAUGGUCAAAUACAGAACGAGCAUUGUAUUCGGCUGGCUGGAUCUGAUGGUUGCUUUCGGCGGAAUAGCUGGACUCUUUUUGGGCUGCUCUCUAAUCAGUGUGGUAGAAGUGGCUUUCUAUGUUGUCGUGGGACUAUCAAAACUAUUUCGGACAAAAACUACUGUUUUCGAUUGGAAGAGGAGACACAAACCAUCUAAACUUUGAGCUUGCACUGUUCACCAUUCUUUAAAGCCACUGUCACUUGAGCAGGACAACUG